AUGCUCCGACGAGCCCAAGGAAGCAAACUGCUGUGGUCAGCAGUGCUGCUGUCCCUCUUUGUCCACUGCCACUGCGUUGACUUCGGGGACCUGAUGGACAGAGCGGUUCAGCUGUCAGACAAAGUGCAUUUUCUCAGCACCUCCCUGAAAAGUGACCUGGAUUAUCAUUUACCUGCGGUGGGAAAAAAGAUCCCUCACCUGUCUCUGUGCCACACCUCACCCCUCAAAACGCCCAUGGACAAGAACCAGGUGCUCAGCCUGUCGGAGUCGGAGCUGCUGUCCCUCGUUCAGUCCCUCCUUCUGUCCUGGACGGACGCCCUGCUCCUUCUCUCCUCCGAGGCCUCCUCCCUCCCCCACCCGUCCACCAGCACCAUCCAAGUCAAGGCCAAGCAGCUGCGGGAGAAUUCCGACACCCUGGGCACCGGACUCAGCCGGCUCGCGCACAAGAUGGGCUCUUCUUCCAGCUCCUACAUCCCUCUCCGAUACACCGAGAACAGCCUCGGCGGCGACGACGACUCCCGGCUUGUCAACUUCCACUUCCUCUUGUCCUGUUUCCGGAGGGACUCGCACAAAAUCGACAAUUUCCUCAAAAUCCUCCGCUGCAGAGCCAACAAGCAGAAACCAGACAUGUGCUAAUGGCACUGAACCGCCUCAUAGCAGGACAGCGCACAGAACACGAGCACGAAAUAGCAGAGAGAUUCAUGGCAGGAAGUUUAUCAACUAUUUAAACUUGCACAGCUCUAGUUUGCAAAACACAAGCAACUCUAUUCCUAUAUGGGCUUUCCACACACUGUAUUCUGCUGAUCCCUGCUAAAACUGUUGAUACUUUACACACUGAAUGUACAUUAUUUCCAUGUACAGACAGACAUGGGAGCAGUAUUUGUUUAGAAAAAUGAUUAUUCAGUGCAACACCGGGUGCUCUAUACUUUCUGGAAAAUAAAGUUACCCAUCUCUUCAGUAUUGUAUAACCUCAUAUAUUUUAAAAUCUCACUAUGGUUUUUGUUUUCCAUCCUUACACCAGCGUUAAAUACCCUUACCAUUGUUCCCAUUCUGAUUACAGUAACAGGAGACCACAGCUACAGCCAAUGCUCAGAAUACCUGGUAUGUGCAGUUCAGCAAAUAGACUUUACAGUAACAGGAUGUGAUGUGGCACAGGGUGAUCCACUAGUGCCACCCUCAACCACAUACAGCACUACAGAGUGUAGAUUAGUCAAGGGGACAAGUAGAUCAAUCCAACAUGGGAGGAGAAAAGGGCUGAGCCGUACCCAGCCUUGACAGUUGGAGCUUAGGGAAUCAGUAGUGAGCUGUAUAUCGUUCUCAUGAAUUGAAAUAGUAAGUGUAGUUAAAACUGUCUAAAGUCAACCAAUUUUG